GCGGGUUUCAGAGUAAACUAGCGCACGUGUGUUCGCUCCUGUCAGCGGUCACCUACUGCCGGAAAGCGAUCAUUGUUAUUUAGUUAUCUUUCCCGACGUUGUGCAAUUGAAAGCUGACAUAAUGCCUGGACAAAAACCAAUAUCGGCGUUCUUCAAGCCUCUAGCAUCAUCACCCAAGCGACUGCUUUCUUCUGAAGACUCCGUAUGCCGCGACCAACCAGUCAAGAAGUCUAAAAUCGAGGGAAGUUCUGAGAACAAUGCAUUUUCCCCUGUCAUUGAUAUAGAAAAGAAGCGCCUGAUCGCCAAAGUCAAGCUCCAGUCUCGCGCCACUCCUGUUGUUCCCGCUGAUAUAGGUUUGUCUUGGUUUGGCGCCCUCGAGCAAGAGUUUUCGAAAGAAUAUUUUGCAAAGCUUAACAGUUUUGUGCUAGAAGAACGAAAAAGAUAUACUGUGUAUCCUCCACAUGAAGAUGUCUUCAGCUGGACCAAGUCUUGUGAAGUGAACAAGGUUAAAGUUGUCAUCCUUGGACAAGACCCUUACCAUAACCCAGGCCAAGCUCAUGGCCUGGCUUUCAGUGUCCCCAAAGGAGUUGCCAUUCCUAUGAGCCUUCAGAACAUGUACAAGGAGCUAGCGAACGAUAUUCCUGGCUUUCAGCAGCCUUCCCAUGGCAACUUGACUGGAUGGGCACAGCAAGGUGUGCUACUGCUCAAUGCAUGCCUGACAGUACGUAUGAACACACCGAACUCGCACAAGGAUCGAGGCUGGGAAAGCAUCACUGAUGCUGUCAUUCGUCACCUCAACAAGCAGUGCAGCAACCUUGUUUUCUUACUCUGGGGUGCCUACGCUCAGAAGAAAGGUUCCAUCAUUGAUCAGAAAAAACACCAGAUUCUUCAGUGUGCUCACCCAUCACCACUGUCAGCUUCACGGGGUUUUUUUGGCUGCCGCCACUUUUCUAAGGCCAAUGAAUACCUGAUAAAGCAUCGAAAGCAACCAAUUGAUUGGAGCCGUUUGCCUUGACUUGUGCCAAGAACUCGAGAAUUUAGAUUUUAUGUCUUAUACCAGCAUUUAAUCAUCUUUCUGUUUAUAAUAGCCCAGCAUAAGCAGCUGUGCCAUUGACAAUUGAGUUUGUUUUUGCAUCUUAUUACAUGUUGUUUCCAAAUUCAUUGUGCAAUUGUUGUGUUCAAUGUGUGAGUUGCCAAAGAAAAGUACCUGUACAAUAUUUUCAAGUGCAUAGACAGCACUUGCAUGUCAGUGUUUUUGAAAUGUGCCUUAUACAAAACUUCUAUUUUACUGGCACUUUGUUAAAAACUCUUGUCCUUACAAGCCUAGCCAGGCAUGCCAUAACACAUCUUUUUAUAUUUCAUUAUUUCACAUGUCUUAGAAUGCAGCACGACAAGUAUAUAGCUUUUCUUCUUAUCACAUGGUUGUAGGGGUAUGUUCUUGCUGCAAAAGUAUGUUCUCAAUAAAAGCUUCAAAUUGUGCCUGUUUAU